AUGGACAUCAAAGUAACGCCAUUGGGGGCGGGCCAGGAUGUGGGGCGCAGUUGUAUUCUUGUGAGUCUGGGUGGCAAGAACAUCAUGUUCGAUUGCGGCAUGCACAUGGGCUACGACGAUGCCCGUCGCUUUCCCGACUUCAACUUCAUCUCCAAGAGCGGCAACUUCACCAACGCCAUAGACUGCAUCAUCAUCACCCACUUCCACUUGGAUCACUGUGGCGCGCUGCCCUACUUCACGGAGAUGUGCGGCUACGACGGACCCAUCUACAUGACGCACCCGACCAAGGCCAUCUGCCCCAUUCUGCUCGAGGACUACCGUAAGAUCACGGUCGAGCGAAAAGGCGAGACCAACUUCUUCACCUCGCAGAUGAUCAAGGACUGCAUGAAGAAGGUGGUGGGGCUCAACGUGCAUCAGACGGUGCAGGUGGACGAGGAGCUGGAGAUCAGGGCCUACUACGCAGGCCACGUGCUGGGGGCGGCCAUGUUCUACGUACGCGUCGGGGACCAGAGCGUCGUCUACACCGGCGACUACAAUAUGACCCCCGACCGACACCUUGGCGCCGCCUGGAUCGAGAAGCUUCGCCCCGACGUGCUGAUCACGGAGUCCACGUACGCCACCACGAUUCGCGACUCCAAGCGGUGGCGAGAGCGCGACUUCCUCAAACGAGUGCACUCGUGCGUGGAGAAGGGUGGAAAGGUGCUCAUCCCGGUGUUUGCGCUGGGGAGGGCGCAGGAGCUGUGCAUAUUGCUGGAGACCUACUGGGAGCGGAUGAACCUGACCGUGCCCAUCUACUUCUCGGCCGGUCUCACCGAGAAGGCCACCAACUACUACAAGCUCUUCAUCCACUGGACCAACGAAAAGAUCAAGCGUACGUUCGUGCACAGGAAUAUGUUCGAUUUCAAGCACAUCUCCACAUUCGAGCGGGGUCUGGCUGACCAGCCCGGUCCCAUGGUCCUCUUCGCCACCCCCGGCAUGCUCCACGCCGGCACCUCCCUCGAGGUCUUCAAGAAAUGGGCGCCCAACGAGAAGAAUUUGGUCAUCAUUCCGGGCUACUGUGUGGUCGGAACCGUCGGCAACAAGCUGGCCGCUGGACGCAAGGGUUCGUUCAAAGUGGAUCUGGAUUCGCGCACGUCGCUCGAGGUUCGCUGCAAGGUGAAGAACCUCUCCUUCUCCGCCCACGCCGACGCCAAGGGCAUCAUGCAGCUCAUCAAGAUGAGCCAGCCCGCCAACGUCAUCCUCGUGCACGGCGAGAAGGGCAAGAUGCAAUCGCUGAAGCAGCGCGUGAUUCGCGAGUUUGAGAUUCCGUGCUUCGACCCGCCGAAUGGCAGCACCGUCACCAUCAAGACCGCGCGGUCGGUGCCCGUGCAGAUCUCGCCCGCCCUCAUUCGCGCCCACGCCAAGCGCCCGCUGCCUUCCUCCUUGACACCCGCCUCCUCCUCCUCGUCGUCGUCGUCAUCAAUUGGCAUCGAUUCAGAAGGAACCACCCAGCCUCCGCUCAAGCGCUUCAAGUGGACCGAACCCUCGCCUGCCGAUAGGGCACUCCUGACCGGCGUGGUGCUGGUCAAAGACUCCCAGGCCAUAGAGCUGGUCGAUGAGGAGGAAGCGGUGGAGCGGCUGGACAUGCCGCGCCACGCCCUCAAGUUUUCGGCCGUGCGCUCCUUCCCGGCCUUCAUCUCCAUCGAGGCCCUCCUCGACGAACUCUACGUUGCUCUCUCCAAGCGGGUGGCGGCAGCGGCGUCGCGAGACGGGCGAAGCAUCCGGGUGGCCGGGUCGGUGCGGAUCAGUGUCAAGAGCGAGAACACGGCCCUCCACACGUCGUGGCACUAUCGCGACGAGUCCCUCGCCCUCCAGGUGCUCGCCGUGGUCGACCGCCUCCUCCACGACCUCCCCGCGUCGCCUGCCGACGAGCCCGAGCCCCGCGACCUCCAGCUCCCGCACGACGACAACGAAGAGGCCGAGGCCGUCGCCUGA